AUGAACCCAUCAUCAUCAUUUCAUCAACUGACAACAUUUAAUGAAAGUAUUAAUUCUGUGAUGAUAAGCUGUGACCAUUCGGAAAGGACGAAAACAACAACUUCUACUCAUGACUCUCAAUCAUUAGAGCCACUCUCAAACGAAAUCAAGACUACUUCAUCGAAAAAGAAACCAACCAAUGCCAUUCUCAAGAGAAAGAGACAAAACUCUUUCGAUAGUUUGCAAGCAGCACAAUACAUGAUUCAAAGAAUUGUGAACACAGACAACCUUUCAUCCUCCUGUUCGCUCAGCAAUCAGCAAAUCGACAAGAAUGGAAAUGGAUCGAAUAAGGAUCUUUCCAACACUGAUCUUUUUUCUUCAACAACAAGUGACAAUGAAGUGUGUAACUUUUUAGAACAGAUUCUCUCCAAGAACAGUUCAUUGAUUGUUUCCGGAGAGACGCUGACGAGAGGAAAACGAACGAAAAGAGUUCAUGUGCAAACCAACUCUACACAGUCGAUUCAUUCAUACAUUCAUCAUGAAUCAGUGAAUAGCUGUCAAGCUCCUCAUUCCUCUAUGUUAACCAACAAUGUAUCAUUACCACCCUCGUUUUACAUGCAAUCGAGUUAUCAACUCUCCUUUAUGAAAUAG